AUGCUGUCCGAUUCCCCCGAGGCACGAGAGGAGGAAGAUGCCCGACAGCGGAAGGCCAGAGAGCAGGAGGCCAGGGACAGCACUGAGGCUGUGGAUGUCUCUAUCGAGCAAAUUGAGAGAGAUCCGGAUCCGGCAGCUAACACGCUGAGGAACCAAUUCCACUUCGCUGAUCGGGGUUCCCAGACCAAGAAUGGCAUUAUUCGAGACAGGGGCAUCAGCACUGGUUAUUUUCGUUAUGAUCAGCUUCUCCAGAGCUGCACGACACUAACUUAG